AUGCGCAGUAAGCAAGGCCAGGGUCUUUGCCCACCCCCUUUUGCGCCUGGCCGGUGGGGGUCCCGGGGUCUCUCCUCGACUCCAGGGAAGGCGCCCGGCCAGACGCGCAGCGCCCAAACAAGACCAAGCCUCGGACUGUUUCCUUGGCCGCAGCCUGGGAGAUUUCCUUGCGGAUCCCUCGCCCAGCAGCCGGGCCUUCCGAGCUGGGAGCCCCGAGAGCCUCCCUUCCGCGCCGAGAGGGACGGAGCUCUUCCCCUCCGGCCGGCCGGCCGGCCUCCCGUCGGGGCGAGCGCAGCGCCGCCUGAACCCCCGACUCCGCCGCCGGAGCAGAGCCUGAAGCCGCGUCCGGCCCAGAGCAGGGCGCGCGCCGCCCAGCCCAGGUCCCGGCCCGGCGCCGCCCUUCCUCUUCCGCGCCGCCCCGGCGAAGAUUCCCUGGGCGGCUCCGGGCGCGGAGCGAGCAUGAAGCCCGACGGGAAGGUGGUGCUCCUGGGCGACGUGAACGUGGGCAAGACGUCGCUGCUGCAGCGCUACACCGAGCGCCGCUUCCGCGACACCGUCAGCACCGUCGGCGGCGCCUUCUGCCUCCGCCAGUGGGGGCCGCACAGCAUCUCCGUCUGGGACACGGCAGGUCGAGAACAAUUUCAUGGACUUGGAUCUAUGUACUGCAGAGGAGCAGCAGCUGUUAUCCUCACUUACGAUGUAACCAACUUGCAGAGCAUCUUGGAACUUGAGGAUCGGUUCCUGGCCUUGACAGACACUGCCAGUGCAGACUGCAUCUUUGCUAUUGUUGGGAACAAAGUGGAUCUCACAGAUGCUUUUGCCUUUUUGCCAGAAACAGAAGGUGAACGUCAGCCCCCCGAGCAGCCCAUCAACAGUCUCAUUUCUACCAAGUUGAAAAAACAAGUCCAUAUGAGUGAUGCCAUAGCACUUUAUAAGAAGAUCCUAAAAUACAAAAUGUUGGAUGAGAAGAAUGCUCCAGCAGCAGAAAAAAUGUGUUUUGAAACUAGUGCAAAAACAGGGUAUAAAGUGGACCACGUAUUUGAAACUGUAUUUGAGAUGGUAGUACCAGUAAUUUUGCAGCAGAAAACUGAAGGGUCACUGCAAACUGUAGAUUUAAAUAAUAUCAAGACAACUAAAAACAUACAAUCCAGCUGUUGCAAAUAAACAACAAAUGAAGGAUAUAUAAAAAAUAUAAAGGUGAACCAGAUCAACUACUUUUUUGGCAUAAUAGAUCUAUGAAACUGAACUUGAUUAAUAGAAUGGCAAACACUUAAUUGGGGAAGGUUUGAAACAAUGGCAUAAAAUUUGACUUUAAAGCAAUUAUUUAAAACUUCUAUAUUCAGCUGAGUGUGAUUUAUCCACAUUAAAUAUGUUAUAUUCAUCUGUC